AUGACGUCAUUUAAUUACACCUCUCCAAGACUCAAGAAAGGUCGCGGACCACUAAAAGCCUACUACCUCCCAACAUCUACCUCAGCGCAAUCCGUUCUGACCACCAAUAAAGAAAGUAAAAGCCCUGUUAGUCUCCUAAAAACCUAUUGGACAGAUAGUGAAGAUGCCCUAUCGAUUAUGAGUUCAUUCUCAGAGGACAGUUCUUCCUCCACCUCUAUGCCUCGUUACACCUGUACCCCGACACUGAAUCAGACGUCAAGGGUAUCGAAUAGCAAUUUGCAGCAGCACUUCCCCACCAUCGUAGGGGUCAAGCGGAGCAACGGUUACGUGGAACGUAAAGGCUCCGAAAGUUGUGUGAUUGCGUGCGCCUGCUGCUCCCCUUCAGCACCCGCGAAGCGGCCCCUCGUUGCCAUGGGGGCGGGAGGGCUAAGAGCUAUGCGUGAAUUUCAAGUCGCUUAUCAGCCCCCCCUGACUGCCCCUUCCACACCCUCUUCUCAACACCUCGCGCCCAUCUGUCCAGUUCCUAUGCUGCCACCACAUCUCGGCUGUUCAGGCCUGCCGGACCAAGCCUCGCCGGUUCGCCGCUCCAUUGAAACACAAACUUCACCUCCUGAAGAUAAUAAAAAGAGGGCUAGACACAGUCAUUCAAGAAGGAGUUCGGGUGCGCUGCUCAGCUCAAUCAAGAGGAAGAUCGAUCACAUUCGUCGAUCGGUGAGUUCGGAUAGGACGGGCACUCGCACGCUUCUCCGUAAUGCAUCCAAUCCAGACGCUCUAAAGCGUCGAAAUGAUGAGGUCGCUGGAGUCACCAAGUGCACCCUGCUUCAGCGCUUUGCGGACGAAAGUCGACUCGUUCAGUUGAGACGCCGAUCGACUUCUGAUCAGUUUGGAUUAUUUAUCAAAGUCGACUCUAAGGGUCUGUGCAUAAAUCGUCUGGGUAAUAUAGAGUUUACCGGCGGCGGUCGCAACUGUCUGCGUGCGGGAGAUCGCGUGGUGGAAGUGCAAAACAUCCCAGCUAAAGGUCUGGACGCAGGUGCCGUGCGGAACCUCCUUCAGGGUUGCCAAAUAGCACUUCUCAAAGUGAAAUCCACCUCCAGAUAA